CCUGUAUUCACGUGAAUAGCUUCUCUCCACCCCCCUCCCCUCUCGUGCUGCUGGAAAGGUUUAACCCGUUAUCCUCGGCGGGAGAGACUGGGAGCACAAAGGAAGCGUAUAUACUGGACGUUUAGAGGGGAUUUAAUAGGGCAGCAUGAUGUAAACACGGAAUAAAAAAACGAAGGACAGCAUUUCCAUUUCCCGUCGCACUGGUCCAUUAUCGGCGUUCAAUAUUACAUGAGGUACUGGCUGACAACUGCUCGUCUGUCUGGACACCGAAAGGCAGCCAGUAGCCUACGCUAAGUGUGAACACUGAGUGGAGGAGAGGAGAGAGGAGAGGAGUUGAGCAUUGUUUCAUCUUCGCUUCAGGGUUUUCGUGGAGUUGCUCACUGGUUUUGGAUGGUUCAUGAUGAGAUCAUGAUGUUGGGUUUCUCAAGCUGACCGAGCAGACAAGUGGAGAUCGUCUUCUUCUUUUUGUGUUAAUAUCUGUUUUUGCUCCUUUGGACUCGUGGAUGACAAAGGAGGAAACACGCGAAGAUGUUGCAUUUCUGAGGUAGACACAUCUCAAUGGGUGAGGCGCACUAAUCCAGUCAUCCCUACACAUCCCCUCCACCCCUCACCCACACCCUACUCUGUUCCCCUAAACGCUGCCCCUCUUCACUUCAGUCAGCAUGACUUCCACCAGCCAACUGCUGGGUUUGGCUGAGGUGGGACUGAGGUGUGACCAGGAGAUUGAGAGGAGAUAUGAGAUCGUUCCCUCAGUGGUCUGCUCCAUGUGCUGCCUCUUUGGAAUCAUCUACUGCUUCUUUGGCUAUCGAUGCUUCAAGGCUGUAUUGUUCCUCACUGGCCUCAUGUUUGGCUCUGUGGUCAUCUUCAUGCUGUGCUACAAAGAGAGGGUGAUGGACACUCAGCUGAGCGUUGAGGCAUCAGUGGGCAUCGGCCUGGGCAUCGGGACCCUGUGUGGCCUGGUGACCAUGUUGGUCCGCAGUGUGGGAUUGUUUAUGGUGGGCCUGCUGCUGGGUCUGCUAGUUGGAGUGGCUUCACUGGUGGUUAUGGAGGAGUUCUACCACCCCAGAACAGUGUGGGUUCCCUUGGGUAUUCUCCUGGGCUCUGGGACGUUAUUUGCUGUCCUCACUCUUCAAUGGCAGCGCUGCUUUGUCACUUUCUCCACUGCCACAUUCGGCUCUGCCAUCAUCACUGUCACCGUGGAUUACUUUAUAGAGCUGUUCGCCUUGGUACACUACGUCUACGAAAGAAUCAGGGUGGCGCCAAAGGGACCAGUGUGUUGGUUUACUUGGGUCAUCUUGGGUGUGUGGCCUGUCCUGGCCUUCCUCGGAGUGUUGAUCCAAUGGAAAGUCACUGCAGAGGGAUAUUCUCACACAGAGGUGGUUUUGAGUCGACAGCAACGGAGGGUCCAGCUCAUGCGUAUCCGACAGCGGGAAGAGAGGCUGAAAAAGGAGAAGGAGAACAAGAAGAAGAAAAAACGACAGAGCCAGAAGACCAAUCACAAGCAGAAAGCCCACACCAAUCACCACCACCACCACCAGCAAUAUCAUCACCCAGCAGCAUCCCACCCUCAUCACCAAGCCCAGAGUUCUCAGCCCCCUAAAGUCCCUCCUCCUCAGACUGAACUCGGCUACCCCCGCAAGGCCAACCCUAAGAGACGCUUUGAUGGAGAUGUGCUGUCACCGAGCUACAUCAGGAGUUUCAGGGACAGACAAACAGACAGACGAGCGUACUCCCACAGUCGAAUGAUGAGCCGCUCCCGGAUGGGUGAACUCGACUACGACUGUGGCUCUCAAGUGCCCCUCACGGCCCCCAAUGGACCCCCAGUUCGCAUCUGAGACAGUGAAAAUGCACACACGCACACGCAACCACACACACAAUCACACAAGGCUACUUCAAACCUCUUUGUCACAGUUCGGGAUAGAAAACCUAACCUUACAGUGCCAACUUAAUCUACUGCCUAUUAACCCAACAGGAACUCAAUACAUACCAAAGGUGGUAUGUCCCACACUGGUGUUCUCCUCUCAGACCUGUUAGAGGUAUUUAUUUGGCCAGUUUGGUCUUGUUCUUUUCUAUGUGAGUGUCAAGACAAAAAGAGCAGAGCCUCUUUGUUUGGACGGAGCAAGCACUGAUUGCUGUUGGUGAUGUGGUCAAAUCUCAGACAUCAUGAGUCAUCAAAUACUGUAUUUGACUUCAAAUCUUUUCUGUCACUGUACUGGUCUGGUGGACACUGGAAAAAAUGUACCUGUCUGGUGGGGAGCACAUUGACAAAUCUCUGUCAAACAUUUAAUUUGAAGAUUUUGGUUGCUUCAAGCCGUAAGAAGCCAUUUCCAGUGGGUUUACCGUGGCAAAACAUCAAAACACUUUUUUUUCUCCAAAGGAGGACUGUACCGUUUUAGAUUAAAAAAAUGCAUCACAUGGCUUUUUUUGUGGAGUCAAGGUAGCACUACCUUCAAUAAAUCUAAGUAUCUUCCCUUUAGGGCAAUUAAAGGAGGAAACGAUUUGCUUCAAGGAUGCCAUUAAGAGCGCUCAGAGGAAAAUGACAGGAAAAACAACAAAAACAGAGCUAACACUGAAACAGAAAGGCAGCUCUUCUUCAUCAUUUUCCCCGCAGGUCACUUUGUGAAGCAAGGUGUUCAUGAAAUCAGCCUGUUAUCUUCGCUGACAGCCUGUGAAUCCAGACAUGGCAGCAUAAGUCUUCUGCUGCUUCAAAAUGCACAACAGGGACUGGUUUUGGUUGUGUAUGGGAUCAAACUGUUCCCACUGAAGACAGAUUUUAUGUUAUUUCACCCAUGAACACUCCACGUGUCAUUGCCUACGUUGUUGCCAUUUUCCAAAGGGGAUUGCGCUUAUAUCUUGUCACUUUCCUUUUGCCCUCUAUCGCCAGCUUUUUAAAACACAGACCUGAGCAGGAGACACAUCCAUACCUCCCCUCUCAUUUCCUCUCUCGACUGAAUUAAAAAAUAAUAAUUAUAAGCUGCUCUAUGUUUCAUUUGUUGUUGACAUGUGCUCUUAUGUCCCUUUUCCUCUUCUAAUUCCCAAAACAAUCUACCUUUGCAGAAUUAAUUGUAAAAUAAUAAAUAUGCUGUUCAAGGCACGAAGACAAGAAACUGCUGUCUGAUAAGCAUCAUCCAAGAAUUUGACUGUUGAAAUCAGUUUGAGAGUUUGGAGGGGACAAUAUGUGACAGUGCAAAUGUUAAAUAUAGUGUUAGUGUGUGUGAGUGAGUGGACACAUGAGCCUUGUGGCAAGUGAUGGAUCGUACCAAAUGUUGGCCAAGGAGAAGGAGAUUCCUUGUAAUGUACGUGAGACAAUACUGUUCUUUUUUGCCGAUAUACUGGUCCGAUUAGUGUGAAUCUUUGGAUGGACUUUGGAUUGAAGUGUUAAAUGCUGAAAAACGUGGAGGUUUAAAAAGAUACUCUCUUGUAAAUUAUGAGACAUAGUGAGAAGAUGAGCUCAUUUGCAAAUGGGGCCCUCUACUGUUUACUACUGGACUUUUUUUUUCGAGACUUGCUGUGAAUGCGUGCAUAUUUUUGUGUGUACAAGCGUUUACAUGUGAUUUUGUUUUACAUUUAAAUGUGCGCCAGACAUUGAUGUUGUACUGAACAUCCAGAGAGGUGACGGAGUUUGUAUAAGAAGUAUUUUCAGUACAAAGAAACUAUUUUUGUUUUGUUUGAUCCUCUUUGAAUUGAUAUACUGUAGUUCUCCACAAUGAAUACCAACUCUGCUGAUGUUACAGUUCCUGCUGAGACUAAUGUCACUGUAAAGAGCCACAGAUGAAAGACCAAACUAUACAAAAGUGAAGAAUUGUAUUUAAAUACCACACCAAAACUCGAUUUUUUUUUUAUAUAAUUUUAUACAAUAUAUACUUUCUGAGUUUUACAAAUGAAAAGAUUCCACGGUACUGUACUUCAAUACUGAAUACCUGAUGAUAUGUGAUGGACUUAGCACUGGAGGACCAAACAUUUUCACUUUAACCCAUUACUGCAUGAUAAUGUCUUAGUCCUAGUGUAACUGUGUCAGUGUUUCAGUAUGUUACUGUUGUCAUGUGAAAACCUCACAUUUCCACUUCAGUUGGUUGGUCCCAGGGCGCACAAAACAAAAUCCAUAUUGGUCUGAAUUAAAGUGACAUUUGUUGAAGGACGUCAA